AAAGUUCCCAAGGCCAAAAGCUACAAUUUGAGGAUUUGAUCAAUGGUCCAAGCAAGCAAUGUCAACAUUGAACAAGAUUGUGCCUUUACUUUCUUAGUUUCUUCCUUUCCCAAGUGUCGCAUUAAAGAAUAUGGCGCCCAUGUCAACGCGCGGUUCCGUAAUGAACAAUCAUACAAAUGGAUUGGGUGUACCAAAGUCUCAGGUAAAUGCGAAUAGCCCGAAUUCUACUGUCAUUAAAGCUGAUUUGAGCUUUCUAUUUCUAGAAUUUGCGAGAAGGAAGUUGGCAGGUGAUAACUGUAGGUUUCGUUGGAAUGUAGUCUAGAACGUUCAAGAAUGCUAACCUUUACGCGCAGCCGGAAUCAAGAUUUGAAAGAGAACUUUCUGAAGACCUUUCUUCUUGUGAUGGAAUGUCGCGCUAUGGUGAAGAGCAAGAUCAAGGUUAGUGAUGCUUGGUUAUUGUUAUGAUUAUUGUGCGCUUUGCACCUACUGAUCUCUCUCAGUGGUUGGAUACAAAAAACCUGCUAUGAUAGAAAGUCCAGGAGAAACUGAAGCCGUCUUAUACCCCCUUCAAGAUGCUGCGAAUCGAGUUGGAAAUGAGGUCGAGAAGUUUGCGGAAUUUCUAGAUGGAUAUAAUCCUUUGAGGGUGGCAGAUGGAGAUGAGAGACGAGAGAUGGCAUUCGAUUUAAUUGAACUGUAUCACAAGACUGCUCUCGACACACUGGAUCAAUUACGAGAUCGCCAUGAAUCCGAACGCCGAAAGAUGGAGGGUUUGAGUUGGAGGAAAAAGAUGAGAGGUUUCAAGAUCGCACAAGACACUGAUGAGAUGGACAUGGAGAACUCGGAUGACGAGGAUCAGUUUAUCACAAGUUCGAGGACAACCGUAAAGGAUUUAAUUCGCUGGGAGCAAGAGGCGCAAACUUGGGACUUGCUUAAAAGAUUGGCACAUCUACGAUUUCCCGAACCAAAUACUGGAAAAGAGUUUGAAUCCCCGCAGGAACCUAUAAACCAGUAUACGAGUGAACGAGAGGCUUGGGAUCGUUUUCUACAGACUGAUAAUUUAGCACUGGAACGAAAAACUGUGCUCCGGUGGCUUCAGGAUACGGCGGAAGAAUCAGGAGAUGAAAUUGACGUCCUAGUCCAAGAUUUACAACAAAAUGCCGAAAGAGGAGACAUCAUCGCACAUGGUUGGUUACACACUAAGGCUGCUAUCAAACUCCAGAAAAAUCAGCAUUCUUGGCCUCGAACUCUCGAUCCUAAUUCUCAAGAGAUUCAAAAAAUCAUGUGGAACUCUUCUAAAACCGAACCUCUGGUCACUCAGCUUGAUCCCGAUGCAGUGACACGUCAAGGCCGAAAGUUGGAAAAACAGGAUGAGUACUUUGAGCGUGCCAUCUGGUUGGGAUGCUAUCAGAUGCUUCGUCGAGGAAGAAGCCCUGCUGAAAUUAGAGAAUGGUGUAUGGAUCGAACUGAAGUAUGGAGAGCAGUCAGCAUGUCAGGUUUGCCGGAUGAUAAGCCACUAGAAGAAGCCGAGGAAGGUGAUAUUGCAUCUGGAGCUCUUUGGAGACGCAUGUGUUUUGCACUUGCUCGAAAGGGUGGAAAUGACGAAUAUGAACGAGCAGUAUAUGGUAUUCUCUCUGGCGACAUAUCGAGUGUCGAACCUGCGUGUCAAUCAUGGGAUGACUUAAUUUUCACACAUUACAAUGCCUUGCUGAGAACACAAUUCGAUAAUUACAUCCAAUCAGGGCCUCAAACAUUAAUGAAUGGAACUCUGGCAUUUGGGACACUUGAUGCUGUUGCCCUUCAUGGGGAUAAUGCGAUAGCUGGGAAACGACUUGUUGAAAGCUUAAAGACAGAUGCACGGACGGCAGAAGAAAGCUCACAACCAAUGAAAAUGCUUCAAGGUGUGUUGAUUGGAGAACAAUUUGCAGACUUCAUCUAUCAACAAGGUUUGGCGUUGUCAAAAUUUGCGAACGCGGAAACCACCUCGAACUUGAUACCCCGUACGGAUGAGCAACCGAAAGAUCAAGACAUUACUAAUUAUGUCAAUUUGGGUGAUCACGAUAGUUUGCGAGUUUUUACUCAUGCUAUACUCAUCUUUAGAGGUCUUGGGUUAAAUUUUGGUGGUGUAGUCAAAGAAUCUGUCAUCGAGAAUGUGAUUGUCGCAUACGUUAGUUUCCUACGUCUCGCAAAUAAAGGGGAACUCAUACCUCUUUAUUGUUCUCAACUCUCUGGAGCAAGAAGAUAUGCCACACUUAGUCGCACUCUGAUUGAUAUUACAGAUCAUGAACAACGAGUCACCCAAAUCAGAUUGAUGAGGGAGUUAGGAUUGGAUGUUCAACAGUUCGUCAACUAUCAGUCAAGGUUUCUUUUCUCGGAUCACCCUGAUGGAGCUAAAGGAUAUCCAUCACCUAAGGAGUUUCAGGUUCUGGUAGAUGAUGGCAGGGGAGGCAAAAAGAUAAGGAGGCAUUUUACAGAACAGGAUUCCAAGACCCUUGAUAGGAUUGAUCUUUUACUCAUCAGAAGUUUAGAGUGGUAUCUACUUGUAGAUGGACUUUGGUCUGAAACAUUCAUGGUUGGUAGAAUGCUGUAUCAGCGGUUCUAUAGUAAGUUUUCAAUCUUAGAUUUCUCGUUCAAUGCUAAAUACUCAUCAGAGAAUCUACACCUUUCCGCUGCUCUCGCCUUAUCUCAAGAAAUAACAAGUUCCGAAAUCGCAUUGAGUAAAACUCGAGCAUUGUUAGGCGAAAGCCUCGAUUUUCAGGGUCUGGAAUCGGAAGAGAAUGAAGAUCUGACUGAAGUUCUUGAUGGUUCAGCAGAUAAGAAGAGAUACCUAAAAAAGUAUAUGGUGGAGCAAGCAAAGAGUUUCAGAGAACUUGAGACAUUAGCCUUGACUUUGGAUCACAUAGAGAGUGCAUGGGGUAUGUUCUUUAUGAUGCAAGGGUGAGUUAUUUGAUAUCUGGAUUUAGUUUUGUCGCUAACAUGUUACCUCAGGGAUGAUGACAUUGAAAUAAAAAGGUCCAUGAAGCGAGCGUUAGGUCAAAGCCUCCCGGCAGGGAAUAUUAGUGCAGAGCCAUUAUUUAAUGGAUGGUUGACAACAAGUUUGCAAGGUAAGCUAUUUUUAUUCUAUAAAUUUGCAAAGGUUUUGACAUAUUUUAUUAGAACAACCCGAUUUUGCAAGGAUACGAGAAACCUAUCUUCCUGAGACUAUUCUUGCUUGGAUCGCAACAUUACAGAUGGCUGGAGCUGUGUUGACUCGUGAUUACUUGAUGACUUCCAUGGAAUUGUCUACUAUCCUGGCGGAUGAAAAUUCUGAUCUCUUGGAGCUCUUUUCCAAAACCGGAAGAAUGCCAGAACUUGUGAACGCGCUUGCAUCUGCAAGCAAAGAACUUCUACUCGUAUCAAGUAGAAGUAAGAGAUCUACGACAUCGAAAAAUAGUAAGAAAAUGAAGGAAACGGGAUGGACAACGGAUUUGUGGAACGUCAAAUCAUAAGGUUUUGUAUAAUAUGACGAUAUGGUAUGGAAGUGGAAAUUCUCAUUCGAUCAUUAUUAUGAAGAUGGCUUUGGGAUGUUGAUGGUCAACAGGAUGGAUUGGAUGGGGUAGAAGCUUAGGAAUGUCAUCCUAUUUGAAUGGAUUCUUAUGAUUUCGUAUCAACCUUCCAUUAUUGAAUGAAGCAAGAAGCCAACACCUUUUAAUAUUAGGGGAGAGAUCUCUUGCGGUUUAAUUUGUGUGAUGUGUGUAAGUCUA